CCAUAUUGGAUUCACAAAAGUCUGUUGUCCGGGCGCUUAAUGCUCCAGUCUCAACAAAUUUGUGACAUUUUCCGCAUUUCCCGCGUGGAUUUCGUGUAAUUUAUCAUUUGGUGAGGUGUGUGGUGACCACGAUGGCGAAGAAGGACAGGAACUACAAGAUUGGGGAUUUGGUAUUUGCCAAAGUCAAAGGUUACCCGCCAUGGCCGGCAAAAAUUGAGAAAAUUAUGGGCAAGAGCAAGUUCAGCGUGUAUUUCUACGGGACUGGAGAAACGGGGCACAUUAAGCCGGAAGAUCUUUUUUUGUACGUGGAGUACAAAGCAAAGUUUGCAACAGAGCGUAUUAUGAAGAAGCCAUACUUCAAGGAAGCCGUGGAGCAGAUUGAGGAUGCCCUGAAAGGCAAUGAUUCGGGACCAAUUGCCGUGGCAGCGGCACCGGAGGUCAAUACAGCAGAUGACACGGCUCCCACGGACUCGAGUCUCCUCGAGCCGGAGGAGAAAGUCGUGGAAGUGCCGCAAGUGGAUGUGAAGCCCUCGCCGAAGGCAAAACCGGAAGCUAAGCAGCCCGCAAAGAAGGGACAAGGGAAGAAGCAGGUGAACAAUGAGGUUAAGAAUGAGGUUGCACCACCUGCCGACAAGACACCCAUGAGUCCGCCCAAGGACAAUGGGGCUGAGGCUGCUGCAGAGGUGCCUGAAGUGAAGAGUCGCAGUGGGAGGAAGAUUAAGCCGAAAAAAUAUCUUCUGGAAGAAUUGGAAGAGGAAGUUGUGUCACCGCCCAAGAGGAAAGCCAGUUCACUUGAUAAUACAAAUGCCGACGUGAAGCCCGCAAAAAUCCCCAAAACUGACGUUCAAUCGCCCAAUCAGAAGGACAUGUAUGGAGAAUUAAAAAUCCAUUUGAAGAAUCAGACAAAGCUCAUUGACCUGACUACGAGAAUUAAGGCAACUGUGGGGUUACAGCGUGCAAACCCAGAUGCGUGCGUGAAGCUCCUGGAGGAGUACAAUGAUGUGCAAAUUACCCCAAUAAUGUUGCUCAAGAAUCCCAUGUGUGUGGAGACGGUGAAGCGCCUCCGGAAGUAUGUGGGGAAUGUGAAGGAAUGGGUGAUGUCGGAUCAGGAGAAGGAGGAAUUUGAGCACAGUGCCACUGAAGUCCGGAAGCUCUCUCAGUCCAUUUACACGCAAUUCAAGAAAAUGUUCAAUAAUACCGAUGGAAUACCAUUCUGGGAGUUCUUCACGAACCAACUGCAGCUUUUCGAUGCAGCCACAAAGUCCCUUAGCGCGGAGGAGAUUGUUCAGAUUAUGGACAUGCCGGAAGGUCAGAAGCACAUUGUAGCUGUUCCAGCCACAAAUGAUAAGUCAACAAAAGAAAAUCAGUUCAAUUAAAUGCCUUCAUAGACUCCCAACGAUUUCCCGGAUUCUUCUGCCAUGAAAAUGGAUGCCGAGCAGGAUGCAACGGUGACAAAUUCAACUGCAGCAGAUCCCUAAAUAAUCACACCUGUGAUGUGAUUUAUCUUAUUUUCAAGUUACAAAAAAGAAAUGAAUAUUGUUGAAUUACACACACACACUCUGAAUUAAAAAAAAAACAAAUUUAAAAAAAAUCAAGAAUUUGAUUCCAGGAGGAUUUUAGAGAAGAGAAUAAAUUUUAAGGAGCUAAA